ACUCCCCUCUCAACAUGGCUGCGCCCAAGCUGCUGUUGCCUGGCUUGGUUCUCGCUUGCUUGAUAUUCGGCCUUUGCUUGGCCGUGUGUCCAGAGAGAGGGGCGGUUGAUCCGGAUCUCGGAGGAGAGGAGGCCCAAGGCAGCUGUGGCUGCAGCACCAGCCGCGGAAACGGAGCCCCGAGAGAGGCAGCUGCGCGGAAAUACUCCCGGGAAGUUAACCUUCCCCAGCAGCCAAACAAUGGGCCGAAAGGCAAGGAUGAAGGCAGGCAGAUGGCCUCUAUUCCAGCUGGAGUGUUUACAAUGGGAACUGAUGAGCCUGCUAUACAACAAGAUGGAGAAUGGCCUGCAAGGAAAAUCCACAUCAGCCAUUUCUUCAUGGAUCGCUAUGAAGUCAGCAAUAGAGAAUUUGAGAAGUUUGUGAAUGCCACUGGCUAUCUCACAGAGGCAGAAAGAUUUGGAGAUUCCUUUGUAUUUGAAGGCAUGUUGAGCGAACAAGUGAAGAGCAAAAUCCAUCAGGCUGUUGCAGCUGCUCCAUGGUGGCUGCCAGUCAAAGGAGCUGACUGGAAGCACCCAGAGGGUCCAGAUUCUAAUAUCGUAGACAGAAUGGAUCAUCCUGUCCUUCACAUUUCUUGGAAUGAUGCCGUUGCAUUUUGCACUUGGGCAGGAAAACGGCUGCCAACAGAAGCUGAAUGGGAGUACAGCUGCCGAGGUGGCCUUGAGAAUAGACUCUUCCCCUGGGGGAACAAGCUUCAUCCGAAUGGCCAGCAUUAUGCCAACAUCUGGCAAGGAGAUUUCCCUACAAGCAACACGAGGGAGGAUGGCUACACGGGAACAGCACCUGUAACAGCAUUCCCUCCAAAUAGUUACGGCUUGUACAACAUUGUAGGAAAUGCUUGGGAAUGGACAUCAGAUUGGUGGAGCAUUAGUCACUCUGCAGAAACAGCACACAAUCCGAAAGGACCUCCAACAGGGACUGAUCGAGUAAAGAAAGGUGGAUCCUAUAUGUGCCAUAAGUCCUACUGCUAUAGGUAUCGAUGUGCAGCUCGAAGCCAAAAUACUCCUGACAGUUCUGCCUCAAACCUGGGAUUCCGCUGUGCAGCUGAUACUCUGCCUGACUACUUACAGUGACAAAGCCGACAGCUGUGGAGGACUAAGGAAACUCACCAAGGCCUUAAAGAAAAGAGUGCAGCUCAGGCAAAACUGACAUCUCGCCAAAAAUGAAAAAAUUAAAAAGAAAUAUUGAGUACGUUAGCUAGCAAAUUUCUUUCUAUCACUGGACUGUACUUAUGUAUAUGAAAUGUUUAAUUAUGAUAUCUGGAAAUCACAUCCAUUUGUAUUGAAAUCAAAAAGAAUUGUGUUUCUAAGCAUUAUUGUUUUCUGAAAAUCAAGGAGCAUCCUUCUGAGACAACUCCCUUCAAACAUAAGGUAGAUUUAUAGUACUUGGGGUGGGGGGUGGGGGGCAUUACUAGGUUUCCUUUAAUUACAAUCAUUGUAAUUAGGCCACAAGUGAAGAGAAACAGGAAAUACAAUCCGGAAUUGAAGGAAGUUCAAGUCUCACUAAAAUUUGGUGGUGAGUUCAGGUAUGAUUUUCUUGACUCAGUGAUUUCAGUAGGAUGUAAAUGCAGUUAGCUUUCUUUGGGAGUGGUAACUUGAGAUAUAUUUUGCCUUGGCCUCUGAGAUGCACCUCUGGAAAUGUUUUGCGAUAUGCUUUGUCUGUGAAAUGCCUCAGGAUCACUUGCUGUUUAUCAGAGGCCCCUUUUACCUUGGUGAUUAACAAUUUCCUGAGCAAUCUAUUGUUUAAUUAAAUCGUGGGAUUGCAUUGGAAUGCCCUGGUGGAACCUGAAGAAGGUGGAUGGAAA